AUGACAUUCUUAGUUUGCUCUUGUCUAUCUACUUGGCAAAUUAUGUCCGCACUCUGGUCCCAAGUCACUACCUUGCGGGAAUGCACUCAUUGUUGUAGGGCAGCUUGUACUAUGGGCAGCACUGCCACGACUCACAAAAUCGAGUUUUUGAAGACGCACCCUUCAUCAACCAUCACAGUGCCAGAUCCUAAGAGCGCUAAGAGUCUAAUUCUGUGGUUACCUCCUCUGCAAAGCGGAGUAGAAGUCACAAGCGUGUUAUGGAGUUCUUGCUUAUUUCAGGAUGGCCACAAAGAUUGGGAGAAAUGUGAUGAAGUUAUGCUCAGUCGGAGAUAUGAUCACUUGAGCCGCUAUUCUAUCAAUGUCCUAUGGCAAGCAAUCCUGAUGGCGUCAACUGUGUUAUUAUAUACAAUCCUUAAUCCAUUUGUUGUUUUCAAUUUCAUGGAUAUUCCUCGUCGACAUAAUCUCUCCAGAAUCUCUGUCGGGCACAAGUGCUCAGCCGCUUUGGAACAGCGAUGA